GCCGUAGGAAAGCCUGAACUGGAGUCGUUCCUUCCAAUAUAUGUCGCUUUCGGCGUCCUGUGCUACAAACAGGAGGGGUAGAUGAGUAGACUCGAGAGUUCAAGUAUUGGCAUGUACUCAAAACGUUCCUGCCUUCCGCUUCUCUCGUCCACUGUCAUACAUCAGAAUGAAUUUCCGUCGUCUUUCACCAAUACUCAUGGCUUUCAACCUCUACACCAUGACGAUCGCCAACACAAUCUUAGAUUCAGCUUCAACAUCAACAACCAUGAGCACCCUCCUCUCCAUCUCUCCAACUGCUUCAUCCACCAUAAUAGCCAUGUCAGCAACACCGACACCUCUGGAAACAACACCCUCCUCGGGCGCCAGAGGCUCCCACUCUACCGCAGCAAUCAUCGGCGGCGCAAUCGGUGGCACCGUUGCCCUUCUCUUCCCCCUCGGCUGCAUCUUCAUCCCACUCAUCCGCCGAAGGAGAUCAUGCCUAGACAUUGCAUUACGUCGACAUUCUGCCAAUACUACCACCACCACCACCACCACCACCACUUCAUCAACCACUCAUCACAAUUCACCCGCAUCAGAGAAGAGUGACCAGCAAGGAGAUCAAGAGAGAGGGCUGGCAAUGACUGAGGAGCAAAAGUUGGAAGAGAUGGUUGGGUUGGAAGAGAUGCUGAGGAUCAAAUUUCCUACACCGGCGAGGUAUGAAUUGGAUGCUGGAAGUUUUGUCGAGGGGAGGGCGAAUUGGGAGAUCAAGUUGUGAUGACGCAUUUCUUCUUUGGUUUUUUCUUUUUUUCUUUUCUACUUUUCUACUUUUUCUUUCGUUUCCUGACCAGAGAGAUAAUAUGGGUUUGCUAACGUCACUGGGCGACUUCUGGAUAUUGAAUUACAUCUUGCGUUCUGACAGAUCUGAAAGUUUCUCGGGCUCGAUACUGGAAGAGAAGGACAGGUGCGACUAGGGGCAGCAGUACAGAGGCACAAAAGCCCAAUCUCUAC